UUGUUGUUGUUGGUUUUUAAAAAAACACCAACACGUAUGUUUUUCGUGUAUUGUCGCAGUGUUUCUUAAAUCUUGUUGCUAAGCUACACGGGUUAGGCCUUCAGGAGCUCACCGGCCAUCGCAUGACCUCAUUCUCAAAUCUCUAACCAUAAACACGACGUUUUUAUGGGUUUAUUCUUUUAUAAAUUGAAAACAAUAAAUAAUUGUCGUUAUUUCUGCUUCGACGUCGAUGAGCUGUGUUCGUGUGAGAAGAAGCGGUUUAGCUUCACCGGUGUGUUUUCUGUAGUGAGGUGCUGAUGAUGGCGGUGACGGUUUUCGGCAGGAUGAAACCGUAGGGCUGUUACGGUUCGAUAUUUUUACGGUACGGUUAUAAUAGCCACGAUAUUAAUUGGCCUGGUGCUGAAAAUGACAGGGAGAAAAAUACAUUAUGAAAUCUUUGCGCCAAAGUCUUUCCGCGCGUCGCUGCCUGUCUAACAAACACCCAAAAGGAAACACGAAUUGUAAAGUUUAUAUUAAAACCGUUAAUUGUUCUCCAUCCUUAGAAAGUUUUAUUUGUUUUGUGAGAACGACUUUUUCUCGUUUGCCACGCUGGAUAUGAAGGAUAUGCUUACGCAGGAAAAUCAGAAUGCAUGCAAAAGAAAAUCAUGUAAAUUUCAGAACGUGUGUGUAAAUUUACACACAUGAAGACUAACGAAUGUAAACCUCGACCAACUUCUGAACAUGGAUUACUGCACUUUUAUGUAUGGAAUAUACUGACAAAGUUAAAUUGCUUAUAUAUAUAAUAUACACGCGCACACACACACAAGAGCUUUGGAGGCCCUAUCAAAAACACAUCCUCAUGCUGGUUCACUAGGUCAGGGACUAAGAGUACCGUUGGGAACGUUUUGUGAAAAGCAGUCGUUUUAUAUUAUUGGCAUUUUAUAAAGAAUAUAAAAAAAAUAAGGAAGGCGUGAGAACACACACACACACACAUAAAUUAAGAGGAAUAAAACGAAUUAUUCCGUUAUAACCAGAGAAAUGGUGUUGUGUAAACAGAGGACGGGCCGGUCUGUCUGCGCAGAGCAAUGAGGGAGAUUUCACACACACACACUUAUUAUUAAUGUCACACACUGCCUGUCAAAAGUUUGUGGACACUUGACUGAAAUGUUUCUCAUGAUAUUGAAAGCCUUUUGAUCUGAAGGUGUGUGAUUAAAUGUGUGAAAUCGGUGUCGUAGACAAUAAUAUAUACCGUGCCGACGUAUUCGUUUCUUUCAUUAGAAAACUAACAUUUUAUUUACAAAAAAUAUUCAUUUAAACGGACGACCCGGAGGGAAAUAUUCCGAAAAGCAGCCGAUAAGAGUCUGGUGUAGGUGUGAACUCCUUUAAUACUGUUUAAAAAGCAUCUCAGGGAAAUUCCUCAAGAAAUCAGUCUCAGGGCUCACCAUACUCAAUGAGCGUGCAGCGCAAUGUCAGAGCGCUCUGGGCAAACAGCAAAGGGGAAGGAUGGCAAAACCAAGUAUGCGUCUCUCAACCUGUUUGAUACCUACAAAGGAAAGAGCCUUGAAGUACAGAAGCCUGUUGUUGCCCCUCGUCAUGGCUUGCAGUCUCUUGGUAAAGUUGCCUCUGCACGGCGCAUGCCCCCCCCAGCCAACCUGCCCAGUUUGAAGGCGGAGAACAAAGGCAACGACCCCAACGUCUCGCUCGUUCCCAAAGACGGCACAGGAUGGGCAAGCAAGCCAGAAUCAGCAGACCCAAAGAGUACCGAUGUAUCGUCACCACCGCAGCCGGAGUCGCAGCAGCCUGCGGCUUCACAGACACCUGCCCCGAGCCUGCCGAGAACUCCUCCAGCUCAAGAGGCCCAAACUACAGCUAUAGCCGCAGGGACAAGGUCCUGGGCUCAGGCCAGUGUUACACAUGGAGUACCAGGAGAUGGUGGAAAGGGAUCAAACCAACCGUCGCCAUUCUCUCGCGAGGAAUUUCCCACCCUGCAGGCGGCGGGAGACCAGGACAAAGCUGGCAAAGAACAGGCCACUGCAGAUCAGUGGUAUGGGCCAGGACCAAGCCUCCGCCCCCAGAACGUGAUGAGUUGGCGGGAUGGUGGGGGCCGUGCACUGGCGCCCACCAUAGCUGGGGAGGGGGUAGCGGAGGGUGGGGUUGGCGGAACCAUGGGAAUGGAGGGUGCAGCUGGGGCCCCUCUCCUACAGAAUCCCCCCCAUGGGCCACCUAGAGGCAGCCCCACCCUUCCCCUCCCCCAGCCUCCGGUUGGCCCGCAGUUCCCUCCUUACAGAGGAAUCAUGCCUCCCUUUAUGUACCCACCGUACUUGCCCUUCCCACCGCCGUACGGUCCACAAGGGCCGUACAGGUAUCCACCACCCAACGAGGCCCCUAGAUUCUCUCGUUCGCAGGGUGGGCCUGCGCCGGAGGGGAGGCCACCCGGUGGCCCCCGUGGUGAGGCGGUCAAACGCCCCUCUAUCCUAAAACAGGAUGACCUCAAGGAGCUGGACGAGCUAGACCAUGAUGGAGAUGAAGGAUGGGCUGGGGCACAAGAGGAGAUUGACUACUCAGCCAAGCUAAAGUUCAGCGAUGAUGAAGGUGAAGAUGAGGGGGAUGAAGAGGAAGCUGAAAGCGAGAAUGGAAUUAUGGAACAAACGGAGCAGCAGAAAUCCCAAGAAGGACCUGCCCCAAGUUCACGUUCCCGGAUGACUGAGAGUGGAGGAAGCGCAAGGCACACACCUCCUGUCCCCACUGAUGACGUUACCCCAGCGCCCUCCGGCAAGCCAAACUGGGCCGAGGAGGGGGGAAGCAGCUGGGGUGGCCAGACAAGUGCUGGACCCUACCAGGGGCGUAGGCCUGGACACGGUGGCCCUCGGGAGCAGCCCUCCCCUCCACCAGGUUCACUUCUUGGGCAGGGACCCUACUCCUACUACCGACAGGAACGGACCUCGAACCAGCCAGCGCCGCAGAAACCGUCUGGUGCUCCGGCCCAGCAGCAGAAGGGACCUACACCUCCUCCAUCAAAUGCCCUGCUCAACCAGACACAGGGCGAGGAUGAAGACGAGACAUGGCGCCAGCGGAGGAAGCAGUCGUCGUCAGAGAUAUCUGCGGCAGUGGAGCGUGCCCGGCGUCGCCGUGAGGAAGAGGAGCGCAGGAUGGAAGAAGAGCGCCGUGCUGCAUGUGCUGAAAAGUUGAAGAGGCUGGAUGAGAAACAGCAGCAGCAGCAACAGCAGCAGAAGCCCAGUGCUGCUGCAGACGUUCCUGCGAACAGCCCCACUCCUUCCCUGACCACUUCGGCCUCUUCAUCCAGCACAAGUCAGCCCCCGUCACCCUGUGUGGACACAGAGGAACCGCCUCUGGUGUCCGCUCAGUCGGGUGGCGCGACACUGGUGCUGACUGCUAAUAACAGACAAAGAGCUGGCAGCAACAGCAGCUACGACUCGAACACUGAGUCACAACAGGUUUCUCAGCCUCCUGCCCCCCAGCAUCAGCAGCCCAAUGAAGUCCCAGGACCAGCGGAAGUCAAGGAGGAGCCCGUGUCGAGCGGCACACAUGUUCGCGGCAGCAGAAGCGGAGAUGAGACGGUGAAGGUAGAGGCUAUUACUGGAGGAGCAGGAAGGCCAGGGGGUGGAAUGCCUGGUCAGGGCUUUUCCAAGUAUCAGAAGUCCCUCCCACCUCGUUUCCAGAGGCAACAGCAGGAACAGCUCCUGAAACAGCAGCAGCAGUGGCAGCAGCAGCAGCAGCACAGCCAGGUUGCCCAAGCCCAGCUCCAGUCCCAGGCACCUCAGCAGGGACCGACUCCAGGUGCCACACCACAGCCAGGCCCUAAACAGCCUGCUCUUUACCCACCUGGCUCCAUGGGACGCCCUCCACCUCUGCCCAUGAACUUUGACCCUCGGUGGAUGAUGAUGCCUUACAUGGACCCUCGUAUGAUACAGGGUCGCCCCCCACCCAUGGAUUACUAUCCAGCCGGCAUGCAUCCCACUGGGUUGAUGAGUCGGGAGCGCUCAGAUUCCGGUGGCUCUGGUUCAGAGCAAUUUGAUAGGCAGCAGCAUGGAGGUCCCCCUCAUCCACAUCGUGGCACACCACCCAUGGAUCCUAAACUGGCUUGGGGACCAGAGGUUUUCCCAGGGAGCGGAGAGGGACGAGCUCUGAGUUCCCCCUUAAGGCAGAAGCAAGCUCUGGAGGAGGACGACAUGGGCAAAGGCGCCAGAAGUGACACUCCUCCAGUGCGCAGUCGAGAGGGAGGCACGGGUUCCAUUCAGCCACCUGUUGUGGGCGCUAACUCUCCUUCUGGCUCCACCGAUCAGUCGAUAUCCCCUGUGGGGACUCAAGGUGGCCAUCACCAGCCCUUCUUGGGAGGGCGUGGAAAUUACAGCAGCUUCCCAGAUAAUGGACCCAGAAUGGUUUCUCAUCCACAGCAGAGAGUUAAUAAUGCCGGAGAACUUCGUGGCUUUAGCCAUCAAGAUGAAGCCCCACAAGGUAGCCAACAGAGUCAGAUCUGGGGGACUCCACAUCCCCACUUUGAGCGCAACGGCCGUGCUGAUCUCACCCCCUUGGAGAACAACCCCCAUUUGCAGCAUCACCAUGCUCAUCCCUCACAUUACACUCUCCAUCCACACAAACAGGAGAAUGGUCGAGAGCGAGAAAGAGGAGGAGAGCCCAAGAAGAACGAAACCUCCCCUCCACUUCCCCAGCCAUGCCUUUCUUCCUCCUGCUCAUCUUCUUCCUCCUCCUCUUCAGCCAGAGAGGAUGGCAGCGGAAAGCAGUCACUACAUCACCCCCCACCCCAGCAUGAGCAUGACCCAGGAUCCAGGGGUGGUAUUGGACGAAAACAGGACAAAACAGGCGGUACCUACCCUCACACACAGUCCUCCCAGCAUUCGGUGCAGCAGCACCACCCCAAAUCUAACUCUCGUGGUCGGGAGCAAAAGACUGAAACUCAUUGGGGCCCGAGGCCUGGAAGCAAUAGUGCAAGUGGUGGACAUGCACAUAAUAGAAAGGGAGGCUCUGGAAUGGGUGGAAACACAGGUGGGGAAGAGUUGAGCAGUCAUAUUGAUAAGUCUGCUGUCCAGUCAGGAGGUGGUAACCCCAACAAGCGAGUGGGUCCUAUUAAGCGACCUGUGCUGAAGGAAAUGAAGAGGGAGGUUGGUGAAGGUGAGGGAGGAGAGAAAAACACUGUAGGCUCUGCAAAAGAUAAAGACCAAGAUGCCAAGCAAGCAUCAGUCUCCAGUUCCCAAGCCUCAUCUGGACCUUCUGGUAAAGAUGAAACUGCUCCACCAGGAAAGCCAAGAAAUGGUGGCAAGGAGCGAGGUGCUGGAGGGGGCAUGAGUAAAGCAUCCAAAGAAGGAGAAAACUCUGUCCAAGCGACUGGCUCUUUAGCUCCACCUUCCAGGAGGGACAGAGAGCAUUCUUAUGAGAUAAGUGGCAGUGCAGGGGGUGCUACGUACCAUGCGGGCUCUUCCCGGGGAAGCCGAGCGAACCGUGGAAGGGGUGAGUUCUAUGGUCGAGGCAGAGGCUACAGGGGCAGUUAUGCAGGCAGUGCACGUGGUAGGGCAGGGGGCAGAAGCAGCCGAGACUACAGAUCCACUGCCAACAGUGGUUAUCCGCAUGGCUCCUCUAACCAAGAUCCUAAGAGGGAGGGGUCAUCUGGCAGACAUGGCCACGGAGGUGCUCAGCCAAACCCUGGACGUGCCAGGAACCACAGUGAAACCCGAAGCGAGGGUUCAGAGUAUGAAGAAGUGCCGAAAAGGAGGCGGCAAAGGGGUUCUGAAACGGGCAGUGAGAGUGCUGCUAGUGACCUUGCACACUCUGACAAAGAGGAUCGCAAGCCAGCUUCCAAAAAAGGAACCGGUGGAGAGAACCUAGGUGUGGGCAAUGCAUCAUCUUCAGCACCACCAAGAAAUACCCAAACCAGAGUGUUCACCCCUAGAGGAGUGCCGUCUAGACGUGGCAGGGGUGGAGGUGCCGCUGGAGGUGGUGUCUACAGAAAUUCAGGCAAUGUAGGAGGUAUGUCUGGCGGACACCGUUCUGGGCCUAGUUCCUCUCAAGGUGUGUCCGCUAAAUCCUCGGCAUCAGCCCGAAAGCAACACACCCCCCCGCAGCCCUCCCUAAUAAAAGACGCAAGCCAUGGGUCUAAUGGGGAAAAAAAAGAAAAGGCACCUGAGCUGGUUCAGUCUCAGAACCAGGGUGUAAAUUCUUCAGUAAUCUCUGGUCCUACUGUGCCUACAACUGCCCAGUUGGGUACUGAAAAUGGAGGUGUGGCCCAGACCUUAAGCAACACCAAUUCCAAUUCCUCUGGACCCAAACCGCUUCUUUUGCCUAAUGCUGAUGGACGAAAUGUUCUGCAUAGAGGCUUUGAGCGGCCUCCUCGCCGCAGGCGCCAUGGGCGUUCCCAACAUCAGCAAGACAAGCCCCCCAGAUUUCGCCGGCUUAAACAGGAGCGGGAGAACGCAGCCCGUAUCAACGGAAGUAGUGGUAUAAUUGAAGCUGUGGGUGCACAACAGCAGCGGUCUGCUUCGCCAUCCAAGAAUUCAGUGCAAGAUGGAGCACCUAAUGUAUCCACUACCGCCGGUGUUGCAAACGCAAAUACAACUCACAGUAUCUCGGCAACCAACAAUAACAAUAGCGGCUACCUUGGGGGUGGGAGCCUGAAUUUGAAUAGUCACCACCAUCACCACCAUCACUACCAUGGGAACUCUGGCCUGCCCCAUUCUCAGCACCACCAUAACCACAACCAGACUGGUGGCGCCAAAUCUCCAGACGUUUCCAACCAGAACUCUGACCAGGCCAAUGAGGAAUGGGAAACUGCCUCUGAAAGCAGUGACUUUGCAGAGUUUCGAGAGAGGGAAGGUGGUGGAGGAGGAGGAGUAGUAGGAGGAGGAGGUGGAAAAUCCUAUUCCUCCUAUCACCAUCACCAUCCAUCAGGAAGAGGAGGCGGAGGAGGGGGAGGUGUUGACCGAGAGAUAACUACUAAAGAGUCUGCCGCCAAUAAGAGGAGCUUCUCCAGCCAGCGGCCUGGAAUGGAAAGGCAGAAUCGGAGAGUCAGCGCUGGUGGCAGUGGCGGUCGAGGUUCCAGAGGUCCACCUACCGGUGGAGGACCGGGUGGUGUAUCGGGUAACGGAGGGGCCAAUCGUGGUGAGAGGCGUGGCAACUGGCCGUCUCCCAAGAACAGGAAGUGAUUUCCCCGCCCCUUUAAUUUAGCAACAUUUCAAAUUCAUCCCUCUUUUUCUUUUCCCCCUCAGCUUUUCAUUCUCAUCCCCUAACAUGUUACCUUAUUAUUAUAAUUAUUAUUAUAAUAAUUAUUAUUAUUGUACAAGAUAGUUAUGAAUAUGAUGUACACACUCAUUCUAGCACCCUUGGUUUAAUGCUUUGUGUCUUGUCCCUUUAUUUGUCCAUGUACACCAUCUUUCCUUUCACACAAGCCCCAAGUUCUACUCGGAUUAGAUUACUCGCCCCAUUACUUUAAUUGACAACACUUCAGAUAUUAAAAAGAUAAAUAAAUAAAUGUUUGCAUAUACAAGCACAAUAUGACCUCAAACUGACACACGGAUACUCAACAUGUGACUGCAGUGUGUAGGAGGCAUACAUUAGUAGCAUGGAGUAGUGUCUGGAAGUAUUUAUGAAAGGCCAAUGUUUGUGAUGUCCCUGUGCAUUUGUACACAGUUUGGCGGAUUCUUCAGGUCGGGAUCGGGGGUUAGGUGUGCAGUUACUCUUUUAAUAUGAUAUGUUCCAUAGUUUUUUCUAUAUUUUUUUUUCUUUCUUCUUUCUGUGUCGUCUUUCCUUUUACCUCAUUGUUCAGUUUACGUUUCAUAUUCCCUCCCUUAAAAAGUUAGGGCUGUAAUGUUUCUUUUCCUCUGCAAAGCAGGUCAUUAAAAGGCAUUUUUUUAAUCAACAUCCUUCUUGAUUAUUUUUUUUUUUUCUCCCCCCCUCAAUGUUUCCGUUCAUUGUUAAUUUCUGCUUGCCCAACCUAUGAAGUACUAAUGUUCACAUUUACUGUUUCUAAUAUCACUGCUGUAGCUCAAUAUAGUGUGACUUUUUAAUUCAAGGUUGUUGGACGAUCGCUUCUCUGCUCCUGCUUUUUGUUUUUGUUUGUUAGUUUGUUUAUUUGUUUUGGUUUUCUUAGCAGGUCAUUUGGGUCUUUCGUGUCGACUAUUUUUAAAAAAAAAAAUUUUUCCAAGAAAAAACAUGUAUUCCAACUAUAAGAAGACUGAAUUUGUGGGCUUUAAUAACUCUUUCUCCUCCUUUAAACCCCUAUCCCCCCCAAAAAAACAAAACAAAAAAAAAACAAACAGGACAAUUAAAAAAGUAAUGAUUAUAAGGCGAUUUCUUUGACUGCCCACCCUUGUUCUCCUUUACAAUGUAGAAUACUAUACUGAUUAUUUGAAGAACCAUUUAGUUUAAACUUGCUUUUCUUUUUAGAACGCAAGUACCUUUACACUCCUAGGCUCUCUACUUUAUUUAUUUUUUUUUUUUCUUCUUCUCCUCGCCCCCUCUCUUCCUUUUACUCUCCAUCUCUGCGGUGUGGGGUGUUUGUUUUUUUUUUUGUUUUUUUUUGUUGUUUUUUUUGCAUCUAUUAAGUGUAUAUUACGGUUCCUUUUUAAAACAAAAUAGGCAGUAAGUAUUGUGCUGUUACGUUUGCUCACCAGCUCUGGUAAAUGUUGAGUGAGGGAAAAAAAAAAUCGAAAAAAAAAAAAAGUGCUCUGUCUGAUCACCAUCCAUUUAGUCUCUGUUACGUCUUGCGUUUUAAAAAGUAGUACGAUCGAUCUAAGCGCCGCUUCGGCUCGGUGCGGUGUGUCUGGAGUACGUGGUGGCAUCUCAGUAGGACUGAAUAGCAGACAUUUCCCGUCAGCUUAUUAAAACAUGUACACGUAUAUAAUUUUACCGAUGAGUUCAUCACCCUUUUUUGAGAAGUGUUGCAAAGUUAAACGUGCGAUACACCGAAGACGUUGCGUAAGUAAGAGUUGCAUGUACCCACACUCGGAAUAAAAUAAUAAUCGAAGUCCACGUCUGAAUUGAAACCGGAGCAAGGACGUGCCCUUGUGUAUUCUGACCAGCAUAGAUAUUUCACUACUGCUGUAAGUUGGGGUUUGUUUUCUGGAUAUGCCUGUGUUUGGAGAGUAGUUUCGAUAACUGAAUAGAGCUUAUAAAUGAAAUGUAUGAGUGUGUGUGUGUGUGUGUGUGUACGCAUGUGCGCAUUAUCUCUACUGUAUGUAUAUUCUUUGGGGUGGCUGGGUGGGAUAAAAGCAAAUCUUUUUUUUUUUUUUUUUUUUUUUUUUUGGUGGGACAGUUAUCUUUCUUUUUCUAACCCUUUUGUGCUUUUAUACCGUGGAGGAUGUUUAUACCGUGUUCAUUAUAUACACUCAUGGAUAUGCAUUCAAGUGUGUGUAUGUUUAUCCAAAUGAAGUACUUGCAGUGAAAAUCAUUUAACAUCUCUUGUCUCUCUAUGGGUAUAUUUUACUUUUUUUUUUUUCUUUCUUCUUCUUCUUUUUUUUCCCCCCGGCCCUCACUGAUAUUUUAGCAUGAACACAUCCUCAUUUGCAUCUCCGAGAGCCUGAACAUCGGCAGCCGUGCAUCAGGCUCCGAGUGCCGUCUAUCGUUUUAUCCUUCCUUCUAAACAUUUAAGCUAUCUUAUCGAUGUGGUCAUUAUCGUAUGUACCCAUGUUUAACGAGUAAAUAAUACUACCCGUUCAAGUGUGUAUUCCUGGGAUACUCAAAGAUUGUACUAUACUUCCGCACUAAGGUACCUGAAGUGGUUACAGCGUUUAUAGCAUUUAUAGUUUAUUACUGGAGCCUUGAUAUACACACAUGUAUGUAUAUUGGUAUGUAUCUAAGUUCAUCUACCCCAACUUACAUUCCCAAGGAAAAAAAAAAACAAAAAACGAUUGUUGCCAUUUUUAAGUUCAUGGGAGCAAUGUACAAGCAGAGAAGUGUCUUAUUAUAAUAAAGUAUACAGAGAAAAAGAGUUAAUAAAAAUCUUUUUUUGUUUUAAUGGAA